AUGAUUGCAGGUGGAUUAAAUGGCGGCGGCGAAACAGCUAACGCCAGAAAGAAGCAUUUGAAGCAGUGUCUUGCGAUGUCUGGUAAAAUGAUCAGCAAAGCUAAAGCCAAUACCUAUCACACCAAGCCUAAAAUUGUUUGGGACAACGGCGAUUUGGGCGACGUCCUGCCUGGACAUGAUGACCCCUUAGUCAUCCAAGCAAUAAUAGCUAAUUUUGGCGUUAAUCGCGUGUUUGUUGACCAUGGCAGCUCUGCUGACAUCUUAUUUUUACCUUGUUUCAGGGCAUUAGGGUUUACUGUCAAUGACUUAACCCAUGUUGUUGGUGAACUGUCAGGUUUCAAUGCAACAGUCACCAAGCCCCUCGGCAUGAUAAAUCUACGCUUAUCAAUGGGAACGCCACCCACUUCGCAGUCUGCUGAUAUCCAAUUCCUACUUCUGGACACCCCGUCAGCAUACAACGCUAUCAUCGGAAGGAGAAUGUUUGCCGCAUUUGAGGCGAGCAUAUCUCACCCGCAUCUGGCAAUGAAGUUCGUUGCUAAGGACAAUAAGGGUCACCUUCAAAGAUUAACCAGCGCCCCAAUUGAUAACAGCCCAGUAAUUGAGGAAAAUUCUUGCAGGAAUAGUAAAAAACUUGACCAGUGUUUUCUUGUAGAAUUCGAUGAUAGAGACGACCCCCCAGUGGAACAUUCCAGGCCCACGCCAGAUGGAGUGUUAGAGCAUGUCGUUUUGGGCGAUGCAGACCACCAGACAACUACAAUCGGGGUGAUCAUUGACCCAGAAAUCAAAAGCAGGCUGAUCAAACUGCUACGAGGUAAUAAAGAUCUAUUCGCCUGGAAACCAUCUGAUAUGCCAGGCAUAGACCCUGAAGUGUGCUGCCACCGAUUGUCCGUAGACCCCAAAGCAAAGCCUGUCUCACAGAAGAAAAGAAAGUUUGGCCCUGAUCGCCAAAAGGUGAUUGAUGAGGAAGUAAAGAGGCUCCAUGACGCUGGCUUCAUUAAAAAAGUCAAGUAUACAACCUGGCUCUUCAACCCGGUGUUGGUUAAAAAGCCUAGCGGGGCGUGGAAGAUGUGCGUCGAUUAUACUGACCUGAACAAGGUAUGCCCUAAGGAUGCUUAUCCCUUUCCAAGCAUUGAUCAGCUGGUGGAUAAUGCAUCCGGUUUCAAAAUACUCUCAUUCAUGGAUGCGUACUCCAGUUGCAAUCAAAUUCUAUUGCUGGAAGAUGACCAAAUCAAAAUGGCGUUCAUCACCCAGAAUGCCAAUUACUGUUAUACUAUGAUGCCAUUUGGACUGAAGAACGCUGGUGCAACAUACCAGCGAAUGAUGAAUGAAGUGUUCAAAGACUUGAUUGGCAACAGCGUUGAAGUCUAG